AUGGUAAAGAGAUCAUCAAAAAAACGUCAACGUGAAUAUAUGUCAAGUAGUGAUAAUGAUGCUUCGCAUGAAUAUCAAGUUGAAACUAUUCUUGAUAAACGAAUUAGAGGCACAAAAACUGAAUAUCUUCUCAAAUGGAAAGGUUAUUCAAAUGCAGAUAAUACGUGGGAAGAUGAAAGUCAUUUAAAUUGUCCAGCUUUGAUUAAAGACUUCGAAAAAAGUUUAAAAAAGAAAGAUGAUGAAAACACAUCAUAUUCACAUCAUGAAUUAAGAUCAAAAAAUCAAACAAUAUCGGAAAAAUCUAAAAAUACAAAUAUGGAAGAUGGUAAUAAAGAUGAUGAGAAUGAUCAAUAUAAAUCAAUAAAUACAGAAAAUUGUAUUGAUUCAACUAUAAAUGAAGAUAAUAGUGAUGAUGACCAUGAUGGUGACAAUCGAAUUGUUACACGUCAUAAUACACGUAAAAAAGUUGUUGCAUCUUCAUCAACUCGACGUCAUUCAAAUCGAAAAAUUGUUAAACAAACAAAAUUUCGUAUUUCAUCGAUGUCUAAUGAACAAAACUCGAAUGAUGAUGAUGAUAUUAAUGAUGAAGAAGAAGAAGAAUUACCAUCAAUAAAAGAAUUAGAAAAGAAAAUUGUUCAAAUUGAAAAUACAUCUAAUGAAAAAUCAAUUAUAACUAUUGAUGAUGAUGAUAUUAACAUUAAUAAUAAUAGUGUUGAAUUUCCAGAUGAAAGUGCAACAAACGAAAAUAAUAUUACUGAACCAACGACAGCUAGUCUUCUUCUUCAUGUUACACCAAUUUCAACAUCAUCUAUUUCUACCACGCAUAAUGAGAAUGAUAAUAGUAAUCAUAAUAAAAAUAAUAAUAAUAAUAAUAAUAAUCAAACAAUUUCGACUGUAAAUGAAUUAAAUGAUCAAAAUGCAUCUGAAAUAAUUGAUGAAACCGAUAAGGUUGAAAAAAUCGAAGCUGUACGAAAUAGUCAAGAUGGAAUAUCAUUCCGUAUUAAAUUAAUUAAUGAAAAUCAAUCACAAUGGAUUUCAUCAAAAAUUGCUAAUCAAAAAUAUCCUCAGGCUGUUAUUGCUUUUUGGGAAAAUUAUGUUGAAUUUACAUAA